GCAGGUCCCAGGGGCGUGGUGGUGGCCAGUGGCAAGCCAGCCUCCACCGGCUAGGCAGGCUGCGAGGCAGCGCAGUCCAUCACUGGCUGAGCGGGUGGCGGCAGAGGCGCAACCGCAGCCGCACAGAGUGGGAGCACCAUGCUGUCCUACGUCCUCCCCGCCCUGGGCGGCUACGCCAUACUCUCCAUCUUCUUCCUCCGCCGGCCUCGCCUGCUGCACACGCCCCGGGCUCCAGCCUUCCGUCUCCGCCUGGGGGCCCACCGAGGAGGAUCUGGAGAGCGGCUGGAGAACACCAUGGAAGCCUUGGAGAACUCCGUGGCCCAGCGAUCCGACCUCCUGGAGCUCGACUGCCAGCUGACGCGGGACGGCGUGGUGGUGGUGUCCCAUGAUGAGAACUUGUGCCGCCAGUCUGGCCUGAACAGGGAUGUGAGCAGCCUGGACUUUCAGGACCUGCCCCUCUACAAGGAGGAGCUGGUGGUGUACUUCUCACCAGGCCACUUCGCUCACGGGAAGGACCGCCGCAUGGUGAGCCUGGAGGAUGUGUUCCAGAGGUUCCCCAAGACACCCGUGAGUGUGGAGAUCAAAGAGGAAAAUGAAGAGCUCAUUCACAAGGUAGCAGACCUGGUGAGGCACUUUGCCCGGAACGAGAUCACCGUCUGGGCCUCAGAGAAGAACUCCGUCAUGAAGAAAUGCAAGGCGGCUAACCCCGAUAUGCCACGGUCAUUCACGAUAAGCCGCGGAUUCUGGGUGCUGCUGCUCUAUUACCUGGGGCUGCUGCCCUUCAUCCCCAUCUCUGAGCGGUUCCUCCUGUGCUUCCUGCCCACCAUCAUCAACAGGACCUACUUCCCAUUUUCCUGCUCUUGGCUGAAUCAGCUGGCGGCUGUGGUUUCAAAAUGGGUCAUCAUGAGGAAAAGUCUGAUCCGACACCUGGAGGAGCGAGGGGUGCAGGUGGUAUUCUGGUGCCUCAAUGAAGAGUCGGAUUUUGAAGUGGCUUUUAACCUGGGAGCCACUGGCGUCCUAACUGAUUACCCCACAGCCCUGAGGCGCUACCUGGACAACCAUGGACCAACUGUCCGGGCCUCCUAAGCCCAGAGACCCUCACCUUCUUCCCUGUUUAUCUUCCCCCAAAAUAAAUACUUUCUUUUCA